AUGGCCGUUUCUGCAGGCCCAAAUCCAUAUGCGCAAUUUCAAAAAUCUUUUCAAAAAGAAGAAGUCGAAUACAAGUACUUUGAUUUGGCCUCAAUAGAUCCCAAAUAUGAUCAAUUGCCCUAUUCCAUUCGUGUGCUGUUGGAAUCUGCUGUCCGUAAUUGCGAUAAUUUCCAUGUCCUGGAGAAGGAUGUACAAAGUAUUUUGGCAUGGACACCUGAUUUGAAACAGGGACAAAAUGAUGUGGAAGUUUCCUUCAAACCAGCUCGUGUUAUCUUACAGGAUUUCACUGGUGUGCCUGCUGUCGUCGAUUUCGCUGCUAUGCGUGACGCUGUGCGCGAUUUGAACGGUGAUCCUGAAAAGAUCAACCCAAUUUGCCCCGCUGAUUUGGUUAUUGACCACUCAGUUCAGGUGGAUUUUGCCCGUACAUCUGACGCCCUCUCUAAAAAUCAAAAUUUGGAAUUUGAACGUAACAAAGAACGUUUUACUUUCCUUAAGUGGGGUGCUCGUGCUUUUAACAACAUGUUAAUUGUACCACCCGGUUCAGGUAUUGUCCAUCAAGUCAAUUUGGAAUAUUUGGCCCGUGUAGUGUUCGAAGCUGAUACUGAAGGCGGCAAAAUGUUGUAUCCUGACAGUGUUGUUGGUACCGAUUCACACACCACAAUGAUCAACGGUUUGGGUGUACUUGGAUGGGGUGUUGGAGGUAUUGAAGCCGAAGCUGUUAUGUUAGGCCAAUCAAUCUCUAUGUUGUUGCCCGAAGUUAUUGGCUAUAAGUUGGUCGGUAAAUUGGGUCCUCUUGUUACAUCCACCGAUUUGGUCUUGACUAUUACCAAACAUUUGCGCCAAUUGGGUGUGGUCGGAAAAUUCGUUGAAUUUUACGGCCCUGGUGUAGCUGAAUUAAGCAUUGCUGAUCGUGCUACCAUCAGUAACAUGUGUCCUGAAUACGGUGCUACCGUUGGUUAUUUCCCCAUCGAUGAAAAUACCUUGAACUAUAUGAAACAAACUAAUCGUUCUGAAAAGAAAAUUGAAAUUAUCAGACAAUAUUUGCAAGCUACACGUCAACUGCGUAACUACUCCGAUGAAUCACAGGAUCCUAGAUUUACCCACACUGUUACCUUGGAUUUGUCGACAGUUGUUACAUCAGUCUCUGGACCUAAGCGUCCUCAUGAUCGUGUAUCCGUAUCCGAAAUGAAGAAGGACUUCAACGAUUGCUUGGUUAAUCCCGUCGGUUUCAAAGGUUUUGCAAUUCCCGCCGACAAUUUGGCCAACUCUGGAGAAUUCCAAUGGGAUGAUGGCAAAAAAUAUACCAUUAAACAUGGCUCUGUCGUCAUUGCUGCCAUUACCAGUUGCACCAAUACCUCCAACCCCUCAGUUAUGUUGGGUGCUGGUAUGUUGGCUAAGAAAGCCGUUGAGAAAGGCCUCAGCAUUAUGCCUUACAUCAAAACAUCUUUGUCACCUGGUUCCGGCGUUGUCACGUACUAUUUGAAAGAGUCUGGAGUUAUUCCCUAUUUGGAGAAACUCGGCUUCAAUAUUGUCGGUUAUGGCUGCAUGACCUGUAUUGGCAACUCUGGUCCUUUGGAUGAGAAUGUCGUCAACACAAUCGAAAAGAACAACUUGGUCUGCUGUGGCGUUUUGUCUGGCAACAGAAACUUUGAAGGACGUAUUCACCCCAACACCAGAGCCAACUAUUUGGCCAGUCCUUUGUUGGUAAUUGCUUACGCUAUUGCUGGACGUGUUGACAUAGAUUUCGAGACUGAACCUUUGGGCACUGACGCCAACGGACAAAAUGUUUUCCUUAGAGAUAUUUGGCCAACACGCUCCGAGAUCCAAGAAGUAGAAAACAAACAUGUCAUUCCAGCCAUGUUCCAGGAAGUGUACAGCAAAAUUGAAUUGGGUUCAGAAGAUUGGCAAACUUUGCAAGUCUCCGAUGCUAAAUUAUAUCCCUGGAAUGGUGAAUCCACCUACAUUAAGCGUCCACCCUUCUUUGAGGGCAUGACUCGUGAAUUGCCCAAGUUUAAUAGCAUUAAGGAUGCCCGCUGUUUGUUGUUCUUGGGUGACAGUGUUACCACCGAUCACAUUUCUCCCGCCGGUUCUAUCGCUCGCAACUCCCCAGCCGCUCGCUAUCUUUCGGAGCGUAAAUUGACACCCAAAGAUUUCAACUCGUAUGGCUCCAGACGUGGUAAUGAUGCUAUUAUGGCACGCGGCACUUUCGCCAAUAUUCGCUUGGUCAACAAAUUGGUUUCCAAGACUGGUCCCCGCACUGUCCACAUUCCCAGCAACGAAGAGAUGGAUAUUUUCGAUUGUGCUGAACGUUACCGUGAGGAAGGUACACCAUUGGUUUUGGUUGUUGGCAAGGAUUAUGGCAGUGGCUCUAGUCGCGAUUGGGCUGCUAAGGGACCCUUCCUAUUGGGAAUUAAAGCUGUGAUUGCUGAAAGUUAUGAACGUAUCCAUCGUUCCAAUUUGGUUGGCAUGGGCAUUAUUCCUCUACAAUUCUUACCGGGUCAAAAUGCUGAAACUCUCAAUCUGACUGGUCGCGAGAAGUACAACAUUAGCAUUCCAACAGAAAAUAUUAAACCUGGUCAAAAGAUUCAAGUUGAGGCUGAUGGUAUUACUUUCGAAACUGUUCUUCGUUUUGACACUGAAGUCGAUAUUGAAUACUACAAGAACGGUGGCAUCUUGAACUACAUGAUCCGAAAAAUGUUGAAUUAA